UUUUCCAAUUGGAAAAAUUCAAUUGUCAUAUUGCCCUCUAGAGUUUAACUACUCACCUUAUAAAAUUGUAUCGAUUUUUAUUUGAUAUAAGCUGUAAAAAGUGAUUUUCAAACAUUUUUCAUUUACUUUAUUAAGAGUGAUACGAAUUUGUACCGUAGCGAUUAGUCGAUACUUUCUCAUACAACACUGGUUCACGUGUCAUCCAACCUAUCAUUCUAAAGCAGCGCUGUGAAGUCUUUUUAAACUGUCCAGCGCAAGCGAAGGUGGAGAGAAAGUGAAAAUUGAAAUUCAUCUUUGCUAAUACUCUCGAUUCUACCUGACGUUUGGCUCCAAGUGCGUAUGUUGGUCGAAAAAUAUUAAAAAAUAGCAAAUAUUGACAGCAAAAUUGCACGCGUGGCCUAGAGAAAUUAAACAAAUAUAACUUGCCCUAAAGGGGUUGUCUAGUAGAAUUUUUAAUUAUUAGAUUAAUAAAAAAUCAGUGUUUGCAGCGGAUAAAAGUGAAAACUCUACAACCGAAGCAGAGAACAUAAAAAAUUAGAAAAUUCGUGAUAUCUUUGAUUUUGUGAGAAUUUUCUUUCCGUUCUGCUAGCGUCAAUGCCAAAGUCAACGCUGACUGCGACGCCGUUUGUCAACUACAUCGCUUUGCAAUAAAUUCAUACUCUCGUAAGGUAGCCGCUGUGAUCCCCCGCACGUUUUACGGAAUACGGUUUUAGUAACAGAAAAUAAAACUAAUAAAAGGAACAGUAUUACUACGUGUGUUGAAGAAUAUUAAUUCUUAAGUGUCAAAUAAUACCUUAAAUAAUUAGAUUGAUUUUACCAGUAAAGUAGUUGCUGCAAAAACAGAUAGAACAACGACAAAAAUCCCACGAAAAUGCUGAUCAAAGAGUUUCGAGUCACCUUACCAUUAACUGUGGAAGAGUAUCAAGUUGCACAACUUUAUUCAGUUGCUGAGGCAUCGAAGAAUGAGACGGGUGGCGGCGAAGGUAUAGAAGUGCUGAAAAAUGAACCAUUCGAUAAUUAUCCCCUAUUGGGUGGUAAAUACAAUGCCGGUCAGUAUACAUAUAAAAUAUAUCAUUUGGCAUCAAAAGUUCCAGCAUUUAUAAGACUGUUGGCGCCAAAGGGUUCCUUAGAAAUACAUGAAGAGGCAUGGAAUGCUUAUCCGUAUUGCAGAACGGUUAUAACGAAUCCUAAAUUUAUGAAAGAUGGCUUUAGAAUUACCAUAGAUUCAUUGCACGUGCCGAACGAUUCGGGCGAUUUACCAAAUGUGCAUGAGCUGCCACCUGAAAAACUUAAAACACGCGAAGUUGUUCAUAUCGACAUUGCGAAUGAUACCGUCUUGCCUGCCGAUUACAAACCCACUGAGGAUCCAACAAAAUUUAAGUCGGAGAAAACUGGUCGUGGUCCGCUGGUGGGUCCAAACUGGAAGAAAAAUGUCGAUCCAGUGAUGACAUGCUACAAACUUGUGACAUGCGAAUUUAAAUGGUUCGGCUUGCAGACAAGAAUAGAAAAUUUCAUACAAAAGUCAGAGCGACGACUAUUCACGAACUUCCAUCGUCAAGUUUUCUGUUGGAUGGAUCGCUGGCACGGUCUGACAAUGGAAGACAUCCGUGCCAUUGAGGAGAAAGUCAAAGAGGAGCUUGAUCGGCAGCGACAGGUGGGCGAAGUGCGGGGCAUGCGUGCCGAUAGUGAUUAAACGAAUUAGAAAAGGGCGUUUAGACAGGUUUAUGACAAAAGCAACAACAACAAAACAACACCAAACCUUCAACAACAAAACAACACCAAACCUUCAACAACAACAAAGCAACAACAAAGCAACAUAUACAAAUAUAAACAUCAAACGUAGCAACCGCAAUAGCAAUAACAAUAGAAGACAGACAUCAAUCACAGCGACUCUCUCAUUUGCAAUUGGAAUUUUCGUAAACUCUUAUUUACUGCUGCUUAGAUUGAACUACAAAGCUAUUAUUGAGAAAUGAAGCUAAAAAGUACAGCGAUGGGAAUACGAAGUGUAGUGUUACAAAAUUUGGUAUCAUUACAAUUUUUUCGGUUAUUAUAUAUAUCACUAAAAGGAUUAUAACACUUGUACAUAUAUUUGAUUACCAAUAUUCGCCACAACAAUCACAUGACACGAAAAACUCAAUGUAAACAAAAACAAAGUAUGUUUUGUUUCAUUUUAAGUUAUACGAGAAUAACUUAUUCCAUAUUUUGUUCAAGAAAAUAUUUUUAGUUUAGCUAAGCAACAAAAAAAAAAAUAUGUAAAACUUAAAGCAAACUAACCAACAGAAAUACACUUUUUAAAUGUAAAAAGAUAAAGAAAACAAUAGAUAUUUCAAGUUAAGGGCAAAUACCAUUUAAAUGAAACGAAAGAAAAUUUAUAUAAAUAACAGAAUUAAAAAAAUGCAAUAGUUAAUUUUUAAAUACAUAAUAAUAAGUAUAAUUCAUAAAUUUAAUGCGUUUAUAUAAAAUACUAUUCAUAUAUGUAUUUCAAAGAUAAAAUAAAACAAGUAUAAUUACUUAAAGUUAUAGAAUAACAAAAAUGAUUAAUACAAAUUACACACCAGUUUUCGAAACCCGAAAUGAAAGAUUACAUUAUGCAGCUAAGCAUACUACCACCCUCCUCCCAUCCAAAACAAGUUCAACAGCACACAAUAACAAUCCAACUAUUGUUGCAAACUCAAAAAUAGGAUAGAAUAAAUUGAUUAAUUGAUUGAAAUGAUAAAUGAAAAAGC